GUUAGUGCUGUUAGCGAAGUAAUGGCAAAAAAACAUUUGGUAACGCAUACCGGCACGAGCAUCGGCUUUGGAUCGCAGACGCUAUUUUAGCGCUGCGUCAUGCAGGCUUGCAAUCGAGAGAUGCGCAGCGGAUCUACAGUACCUCGUGUUUGAACAGCAGAAUCCUGAAACACAUGACAUCUCUUUCCGGUGUAGGAUGGUACGGUACUUAAGCUUGUUGCAGCUUGCGCUGGGUUCUUCUCAUUACUCAGUGAUGUUUUUACAGUCGAACAGAUGACGUACAGAAAAGUACUCUAUCUGAAAACGAGCUCAAAUAUACGUAUAACAGUAUAUAAUUAGAAAACAUGGACGAAAGUCACAAAAACAGUGGAUAUUUACGUGAAAUACCGCCUGCGGAAACUGAUAAGGAAGAGGAGCCACUUGCGCUGGAUAAUCUGCCUUACGAGAUUCUGCAUAUCAUUGGUGGAAAACUGGACGUGAAGGAAUUGUCCUGUGGAUUAGCGCAGGGGAGCCAUAAGCUUAAUCAGCUUUUCGGAGAGAAACGUUACUGGACUGAGCGUUUGCGAAAGGAUUCGGAGUAUUACUACAAAACUAUCCUACAAUGUUCCGAACACCAGUUGUCGGUAGUGAGAGAGUUGUAUCUGCGCUACCGUUUGUAUGGGUGGGAAAACAUCCACCGGAAUUUUACACCUGAACGCAUUGAGGGACACUAUCUAGGAGAAGAGGGACCUGAUCAGAUACUUGGGAACUUCCGCUGUAUCGAAUUUGCGGACAAUGGAAAUUCCUUGGCGUAUGUUACCAAAGAUCGUGAUUGUGUUUCUGUCUGGAAUAUUGAACCGCUUCUGUCAAAAUCGACAUCUUCAACACCAGCUCAUCUGCGGUAUUCGGACCAUGACCAAAAGGUCACGUCGCUGAGGGCAAAUGCAAAUUUGCUCAGCAGUGCCGCUUAUGAUGGAACAGUGGCAAUCAGGGAUUUGCAUCAUCUAAUUACCACCGAUUCACCUUUACAAAGGCUACUAUCGGCAGGUUUAAUUCAAAGUCAUGUUUGGAAAAACAAUCUCAUUGCCACCGGCACUAGAGGAGGAACGUUUGAAGUCUUUGAUACCCGAGAAGGAGAAGAUCCUUACAUGCGGGAUAAGAUUUUUCUGUCGACGGAAAUUUGUAACGAUUUCAAAAUAGUUCUGCGGGAUAGCGACGCUAUUUUAGCCGGAUGGGAUAACGGGGUGCGAAAACUGAAACUGUUUGAUCUCAGAAACAACAGCGUGCUGGUAGACGCUGAGGCCGGUACUUGGAAUAUAUCGAUGAGCUACGGAGAUAAUCAGCUGUGGAUAGGAGCAGACAAAGGGAAAGUUCUGCAGUACAAUCCUGGGAAUAUGGAAAUCGUCAGAGACUGGACGCAACCCUUUGGUCAUCCGGCCAAUAUCGGGUGGCUUCCCGAUGCGACGUUUUGGGAAUGCGUCCGCAGUAUUAUCUAUAAUUCUGGCCAUGUAUUCACCGCUGACAUGCGGGAAGUGCGACUGCACGAACUAGGCGAAAUACCAUCUUUGUUAUGGAAAGACGAAAUUGUGUUUAGUGAACUGGCUUACUGCGAGAAGCGAUCUCUGCUGGCUGCGGCAGUUGGACAUACACCGGACCAAAUCAAGUUGUUCUACCCAGAAUAAUGGCGAUUUUUGAGGGUUUCUGCUGCGUGAUUGCUCGUUGAAGAAAACCUUUGUCGGAAUUGCUCUGCAACGUCGAAGAUGAUGGGACGGGCUUCAGGAGAGAGUGGUCGUCAGCGUCGGUACUUUGUAGCGGUUUUUGAUUAUCACAGGCAAAGUCAUCUUCCACGAUUUUAUUAGACUGGGUAUAGACAGAGUUCUCAGGGAAUUUUUGAUAUUUAUCAACAGUCCAAAUGGGCAUGGGUUGAGUUUUGCCUUUGAUUGGAAUGUUGCCGAAAAAGAGGAAAUGGAAAGCAGAAGCGGCAUUCGUUGACGUUGAAAUUUGGAGCAGACUGCAAAAAUAAUA